AUGAUUGAUAUCUGUGCUAGGUUCACUGUCGUCGAUCUUAUCGAUCCAAGAUCAGCUAAUAACAACGAUGGUGCAGAUGCUCUGCCUGAGCUCAACGUAUCUGCUCUAACGCUGCCGUUUAACCCUCCGUCAGAACGAUACAACGUUCUUCAUACAGCAAGAGUAGCUGACGGACGUAUUUUUGCGUUCGCUGUAUGGUCGACCGGUUUUUGCAUCAUGGAAAUUCUCUUAUCGGACUCGGAGGGCCGACUGCCUUGCGGUUCAUUCAACGGUGAAGUUUUGAAGAGAUACGGAGGCUUCGAGGGUGGGCAAAUUUCCAUUUAUCAGCAAGUGCCGUCACCCCAAGUGGUUUUGCUCAGGGAAGGAAUUCCUAGCUUCCGCUUUACGUCGCUACAGGGACCAACAAAUACCGAGAUAGGGGAAGGAGGCACCUUGCCCAUUGCUGACUACGUCAUAGCAGCUGAUUCAAUUGUCGCGCUGUCUCCUCACGGCUUAGUGAGGAGGUACAAUCUAUUCGACAAUCGAUUUAUCACGAUAGCGCAACCGUUCGAAUCCUCAGAAACAACUGCAACAGUGAUGAUCAAUCUCUUCGUCGACAAUCAAGAAUUUGUUGUUGUCGGCGACUCAAUGGGGGUCCUUCACGUUUUCUCUCUCGACAUGGAGUCUCGUCGCUUAUUGACCAGGAAGCAAGCGUAUGCAAAUGACAGUCGAGGAGGUGAAGUCAAGCACUGGCAGAUAAAGAAAAUCUGUACACCGUCGGAUAAUGGUGCAGGGCAGCGUUUUAUGUGGGAGCUAAUCACCUGCUUUCGGACCUAUUCGUCCGAUAUUUCGGCUGCAGCUUUUGAAUUUCCCCAAUUUCUGUUUUGCGGCUUUGAUAGCGGUAGUGUAGAAUGCUGGAGUUUGCCGUCUGGAAGAAGAAGAGCCUCAUCAAAGUCCUCUCGCCUUCCGGAACAAGCUGCAAACUGCAUCUCGGUCGUGAAACGUGCCCUGCACGCCAUCGAUUUGCAUUUGGCACCAGUGCGAGACAUUUUAUGUGAAUCUGGAGCUGGAACAUCAGUUCUCGCUAGCCCACAGCCUGUCACUGAUAACUUCUCGUGGGUCUUUUCGUACGACGAAGACGCUAUCAUCCUGGUGUGGUGCUUCUCGCUCAGUUUUUUCUUCCCACACCGGCGGAUUAAGGUUCACGAAUUUAUCAAAGGUAUCUACAUAUCUCCAGCAAAUGGAUUCUUGGAUCUCUUCGCAUACGUUGAUCGAAACAUUGAUCGGGUCGACCAUCUCGGAUCAGGCGACAAGGAAGCUGUUAAGCAGCGUCUUCUGCGGGGACGAGAACGCGCUGUUCAGCGUGAACUGAAGCCUCACGGAAAUGAUGGAGAACAGCCCAGUAAAUUUGAAGCGCGUCGCAGAAGUUUUUUAACAAUGUCGAAGACAAGUGCGUUCACUCCGGAAUCGUACGAUGGGAGCAGGUUGGUGGCUAAAGUUCCUUCCGUUCGGAUAGACAUCACGUUGCCUGGAGUUGAACACAGCUUAAAUUCUAUUGAUAACCCAUGUCCGGGGUUGUCACCUGCAACGGCUGUCGUUAAAGAACCCAAGCCAGCUCCGACGUCUAAGAAGUUUGAAGAAAACGAAUCCAAUAACCUGCAAAGUAUUAUGAGCUCAUCUCCAACGCGGAUACUGGAUCGACCGCCGCUGAAUUCCAGAGCCCGCUCACCACAUUCGGCUAGAAAUCCCCCGCAAUCCUCGUCUCAGUCGCCACGACGCAACAAGCUCAACGAGAAGAAAAGUCUCGCCCGAAAGGCUGCUCGUGACGCAAAAGCAAAUUUUCUACCAAGAGAGCAUUCACUCCGUAGCCGAUUUCAGCAAGCGAAACCUCGUUUGUACCGGAGUGUUGUCAAUCCGUCGGAUUCGCUUUCAUCGCAAGCUCGUUGCGCCGUCAUUUCUGCUGGAGACGCUUAUUCGUCAUUAUCGCCUUCAUGUGACGACCUUGGAGCACAGGAGAAGGUCUCAGUGGUCUCACUCGUAGAAUAUGAGGACAAAUCGAUUUUAUUGCUGGAUUAUCAACCUAGAAAUCGGCAUUCACAUAGAGAGCGUCAAUCAAAGCAAAGGAAUGAGAAGGUCCGUGAAUCACUAAAGCCUUCCUAUGAGAUUCCAUUCAUGCAAUGGGAACGCAUGUCGGAGCAUGAUCGACGAGUGGAGUUGAUGGCAGCGUGCAAGUCGAGAUGUGUUCAGGAAGAUGCCGAGAGAGAGGGAGUUUUCGUACCACGCAUUGAAGAUUUCGAGAGUGAGGAACUGGCAGUGCAGUUGGGAGUGCGAUCAUUCACAAGAUGGUUCGCAGCAAUGCAUCGUCAUCACCAGCGAAUUCGAGAGCGUUUUCUCACUGAGGAGUUGAUGUUUGCAGCGAUCGAUCCAACUGUUCACCAGAAAGUGGCGGAUGUGGGUCUCUCACCCCCACCAGUCGAGCAGAUUGGGCAGUCCACCUCGACUGCAUGGCAAGAUUUCGUUUCUUGGUACUGUUUGGGCCCCACUGAACUCCACCAGACGAUUCCACCUGAGGAAUUACAACGAGAACGAUUGGAGGCGCGAACUGAUUAUCUGGAGCUCCGACUGCGUAUUGUUUCUCAAUCCGAACUGGAAGUCCAAGAAGAAAAGGAGAAGGCGGGGCCAUGUGAAGAAAAAUGUCAGCCAUUUCAGCAGGUAUUCAUUUUUGAGCACUUUGUGAAGCGUUUACUGGCCGAUAAGGAUAGCCCAACGUCAUGGGAAAACAUGAGUCUGGAAACUCAGCAAAAGGAAAUCAUGUUAGCUUUGAUGGACCCUGUAGUUCAAAUCGCGGCCAUGAGGAAUGAUUUCGAGCUGCCCGAUAUCUCUGGUUCAUGUACGGAGGACAUUGACAUCUUGGCUUUGGCAGGCAAGUUUGUGCCGUGGUGGGCAGCUAGUCUUAACAUCCAUCGUCGCGACUUCCUUGAGCGUGAAGCUCACGAAGCGUCAAUAAACAUUGCGAUUCUGGGGAUUUUAGAGAAGGAACAGAAUACCGAGAAUGGAGAGAGCCCGGAUGGAAUCAUCAAAGACUUCUUCGAGUCGUAUUUCAGGUCCGAGACAGCGCGCCUUACUUUCUUGAAGAACAAGUUGUCUUACUUUAAUGGCAACAGCCGAAUCGCAAGUGUUGUUCGUUACGAGAAACUCCCAGCGCCACUUGUCACGGAGACGUUGCCGUUACCUCUUGUGACCUCGUUCGAGUUUGACGAUCGAGAAGUUGUCGCGAAGAUUAAAACUCAUGAGAUAAUCGAAGAAGAGUUUGAACAGGUACCACAAGAACCUGAAGUGGCAAUAGGAGAGCAGGCCACUGUUGACACCAUCGAUAAUCAACGUGAGCAGGAAAAAGAGGAACUGCAAAGAUUAGAGGAUGAGAGCGCCAAUAUCACGCUAGAACUCAUGUAUAUGGCGCAAGAAGAUGCUCUCUCGCGUGAGUACAACGACAGCUUUGUGGAGAGCGACGAAGAGAUUGAGGAACCAUCGCUGGUUAUGCCGAACCGGACAGACUUCUCCCAGUCGUACUUCUUUGGCAAUCUGCCAGCGCAUUAUCGAAAGGUGACUUCAUCUGGAUGGCGAGCUGGCAGUGGUGUCGAUAACGGGGACGAAGAAUUCGAGGAAGAAGAGCAACUUGAGCGGGAACGUGAGCGACAGCGUUUGCUGGAAGAGCAGGAGGCGGAGAGGCUUCUGGAGCUGGAACGGCAAGCGGAGCGAGCUCGUAUCGAGAAAGAACGAGAAGAGAAAGCCUUUCAAUUCCGCCGAGUACGUCAAGCUGAACUGAGGAAAGUGUUGCAGCACCAAGCCGACCUGGAGGUCUAUCGUAAAGCAGAUCUUGAGUUUGCGCGUGAGCGAGCCGAGCUUAACCAGAUGCAGCGGGAGGACGAACACUCGUGCUGGCAUCGUGACCAACUUUUGCGAGACCAAACAGGGAUGCGACUUGAGGAUGAAGUUGCCUUCUGGAUCAGAAAGGUGCUGCACAAAGCUGCUGCUGCAAAGGUACGCCAGCUACUGCAAGAACAGGCUAGCAUGUCUGCAGAGGAUCAGGGAUCGUCACGGAUCGCCAAAGAACUGCGGGAGCUUGAGCGCGACCAGGCUGUGCGUACUGCAUCGUUAUCAGACCUCUACACUCCAUUCCGUCCGUUUUAUCAAUUUUCGGCAAUGGCCUCCGAGGACUUCCUUCCUCAAAAUCAGUGGAAACUGGAGCAAGAGCGGCUGCGACGAACACCAGUAAAACCAGUGGGAUGCUAUACGAUCCCGCUAGAAGAGGCACUUGUGUUUGAUGAACUGGAUCAGGAGCCGUAUCUUGCGCGAGAUUCACGAAAAUUUAAACUUCUCAUGGGUCUACCAUUGCGAACACCAUGUAGCCAAAAGCGUCCUCGAAUCCCAAAAGCGGAUGACAUCAUCGCAAUGCGACAACAGCAGCGAAAGCUAGCUGAAUCUCGUGAAGAACGCCAAGAAACGUUGGCGAAAAUCCCGCAGAAAGGUAGAUCACGCACUCAAGUCGACAGUUCUAGCGAGCACAGCCGCCUACCAUCCAUCACUCCUCACACCCGUUCCUUAAGCAGUCUGACUGAGCUCAAAGACGCUUGCAGAAAGCGAGAUAUCGUAUCCGCUGCCAAACACAAAACCAGUAAAAACAAUCAGCAACAACAGCAGAAUCAGCAAAAGCAGUCGCUGCCAUUCUUUCGCGGAAACAUGCUAGUACAAGGCCACGGCCAAGCACGAUCAGGGGACAAUGCCUACUAA